AUGUCUCUGAAGACUGAUGAAUUUAAAGGAAUAGCCUACAGUGGCUCUGAGGUCAAAAUUAACUUCAAUCCCUUUGUGACCUCUGACCGAAACAAGAACUGCAAGAGGCAUUUCAAUGCCUUUUCCCACAGAUGGAGGAAAAUUAUGUCUUCUCUUUCUAAGAAGCUGAGACAGAAGUAUAAUGUCCACUCCAUGCCCAUUCGAAAAGAUGAUGAAGUCCAGGUUGUUCAAGGAUACUACAAUGGACAGCAAAUUGGCAAGGUAGUCCACGUUUACAGAAAGAAAUUUGUGAUCUACAUUCAGCAUGUGCAGUGGGAGAAGAUUAAUGGUACGACUAUCCAUGUGGGCAUUCAUGCCAGCAAGGUGGUUAUCACAAGGCUAAAACUGGACAAAGAUCGCAAAAAGAUCCUUGAGCAAAAAGCCAAAUCUCACCAGGUAGGAAAGGAAAAGGGCAAAUAUAAAGAAGAAACUAUUGAGAAAAUGCAAGAGUAA